UGAAGUUUCUUGAAAAUGACGAAACUAGCCUCAUCGGAUGUUUUUGCUUGGCACUAGUAUACCGGAUAAAAAACACAACACUGGCCCAUGGAUUCAAAAUUGCACGGAAUUUCAUAAAACAAAAAUUCAAAUUUUCUCAAAAAUCUCCGUUCAAUUAUCCACCUUCUUCUUCUUCGCGUUCAGCUCAGCGAGCUGAAAUUCUCCACUUUCUUUCUCCCUUUCUUCUUUGUUCAAUUUCCGAAAAAGCCCUCACCUUGUCGAAGAAUGCCAAAUCUUCAUCCCUCGACAUAGCCGCCACCAAUCACCACACCAACCACCACCCAACCACCACAAACCACCGAUCUCCGAUUCCAGAAUCGAAAAUGAUCGUUCGCACAUACGGUCGCCGCAAUAGAACAAUUUCGGGAACGUGUUCAGGCUCUUCACUAAACGACGACGUAUCAGAGCCUUUCUCAACGGAUUCUCUUUCUCAAGAACAAGACCCUCUCUUCGGCAAUUUCGCAUUCUCCUCUCAAGAUUCAUCUUCUCAGUGGUCUUUAUUCAAUUCUGACCCUAAUUCAAUCGACGAUUUAUGCGGCGCCGGUCGCCGGGAGUCUCAGAGAGCAAAGAGAGUCGCCGGGAAAAAGGGAUUCUCGUUUCCGGCGACGUCGACGUUGAUGGAGGCGCAGGAGUUUGGGGAGAUGAUGGAGCAUGUGGAUGAAGUCAAUUUCGCUCUCGAUGGACUUCGGAAGGGUCAACCUGUUCGGAUCAGAAGGGCUAGUUUGGUGUCUCUUUUGUCAAUUUGUGCCACCACGCAGCAACGAAGGCUUCUUCGCUCUCAGGGGAUGGCAAAGACAAUAGUUGAUGCUAUUUUGAGCCUCAGUUUCGAUGAUUCUCACAGCAAUCUUGCAGCGGCAACCCUUUUCUACAUUUUGACCAGUGAUGGUCAAGACGAUAAUCUCCUUGAAUCACCUCGUAGUGUUCAAUUUCUAAUCAAGUUGUUAAGACCAAUUGUAUGCACAGCAAUUAAAGACAAAGCACCAAAACUUGGCUUUAAACUUCUAUCAUUGCGUCAAAAUGAUGUCAUGCUAAAAAAUACAACAUCGAGGUUGGACUCCAGUUCUGUUGCAGUUUUUUCUAGAGUCCAAGAAAUUCUAGUCAAUUGCAAAGACCUAAAAGCAACCUGUCAGAGUGACAGUGGGGUUGAGAAGCCAGAGUUAUGCCCAAAAUGGUUAGCAUUGCUGACUAUGGAGAAGGCUUGUUUAUCUGCCAUUUCUCUUGAUGAAACCUCUGGUGUUGUACGGAAGACUGGUGGAAAUUUUAAGGAAAAAUUAAGGGAGCAUGGAGGGCUUGAUGCAGUCUUUGAAGUCACCAUAAAUUGUCAUUCAGAUUUGAAGAAUUGGAAGGAGGAUAGUUCUCUGUCUACCAAAGAUUUAAGAUAUGAGAAACGUCUGAAGAGUCUAACCUUACUUCUAAAGUGCCUGAAGAUAAUGGAAAAUGCUACUUUCCUAAGCAAAGAAAACCAGAGUCAUUUGCUUGGAAUGAAAGGAAAAUUGAGUCCCAAGGCAACCCCAUUGUCUUUUACAGAGCUGAUUAUAAUUGUCAUAAAGAUGCUCUCAGAUCUAUGUUUACAUCGGAGGGCCUCUGCUGUGUCUGGUGUUAACAAGCCUGACGAUCCUUUCUUUAUGGUUAGUCAUGAUUCUGAAUUGGAUCCGAUCAGGGAUUAUAAAGAGAAUGUGCCUUUAUCCACUAGUUCCAGUAGGAAUUGCCAUGGUGUGGAGGGUAGAAAUUACUAUGGUGUGGAGAAGGCCUCUUCUAUUAAGAAGUCUAACAAUUCUCAUAACACCCAACUGUUGACAUGUACUCGGUUGGAAAGAUCGCAAUCUGUUUCUGAAACCCCCAGCACAUCAACUACUGAUACUUACUCACUAAAGAUGAGGAUCAGUUCAUCCACGUCUGGGUCUUGUAGUAGUUUAUCAAAGAGUUCGUACUGUAAAAAGUCCACGACCCAAAAUAGAUCCAGGAAGAAUGUUCACUUUACAGAAGGUACCCCGGUUGUAGUCUUGGAAGAUAGCCAAGAUCCCUUUGCAUUUGAUGAGGAUGACAGUGGUUUAUCAAAGAGUUCAUACAGUAAAAAAUCCAUGACCCGAAAUAGUUCCAGGAAGAAUGUUCACUUUAUGGAAGGUACACCGGUUAUAAUCUUGGAAGAUAGCCAAGAUCCCUUUGCAUUUGAUGAGCAUGACAGUGGUUUAUCAAAGAGUUCCUACUUUAAAAAAUCCGCGACCCAAAAUAGUUCCAGGAAGAAUGUUCACUUUAUGGAAGGUACCUCAGUUGUAACCUUGGAAGAUAGCCAAGAUCCCUUUGCAUUUGAUGAGGAUGACAUUGUGCCCUCUAAGUGGGACCUUCUAUCGGGGAAACAAAAAACAUCUCGUUCUAAAAAACAUAAGGUAGCAAACAGAGAAUUUCAAAGUGGAUGUCAAUCUCAAACCAAUAUGAGUCAACAAGAAUCGAGUGAUGGGGACAUCAAUUGUUCCAGUUCUGACAUCAGUUAUGAAGAAGAUUCCAGCUUGCUUACUGAUUGUCUCCUUACUGCUGUUAAGGUGCUGAUGAAUUUGACAAAUGACAACCCUAUUGGCUGUCAGCAAAUUGCUGCCAAUGGAGGACUGGAGGCUAUGUCUAUGUUAAUUGCUGGUCACUUUCCUUCUUUCAGCUCCUCGUCAUCCUUUGCUCAGAUAAAAGAAGAUUCUUUGAGAAUUGAAAAAGACCACCUAUGUGAUAGGCAUCUCACCGAUCACGAGUUGGAUUUUCUUGUUGCUAUUCUAGGUCUGCUUGUAAAUCUGGUUGAGAAGGAUGGUCGUAACAGAUCACGGCUUGCAGCAGCCAGUGUUCUACUACCUUCUUCAGAAGGCUUGGACAAGGAGGUUCGGCGUGAUGUUAUUCAAUUAUUAUGCUCUAUUUUCUUGGCCAACCAGGGUGAAAGUGAAGGGGGAGCUGGAGAAGAUAAAAAUUUUCAACUGAAUGAUCCAGCAGCUGUUCUGCAAGGUGAAAAAGAAGCUGAGAAAAUGAUCGUGGAAGCUUACUCUGCGUUGCUUCUAGCAUUUCUUUCUACUGAAAGCAAGAGCAUCCGUACGACAAUUUCUGACAAUCUUCCAGAUCACAACUUAGCUAGUCUUGUACCUGUGCUGGACAGAUUUGUGGAAUUUCAUCUGUCUUUGGACAUGAUUUCACCAGAAACUCAUAAAACUGUUAGCGAGGUCAUCGAAUCAUGUAGAAUUCGGUGAAAGAUCGAUUGGAAAAAUCUGUACAGCCACAACUUGCUUUAGGAUUUAUUGCUACUCCGGCCGAAAUGGAAUCGCAGCAGCUCACUUUAUUAGAAUUAGACCAAGUUUUAUACGCUGUUCUCAAUGCUCAUACUCUUAUUUUUAUAUCACCGUGCUGGUGAUACAAAGAUGCUUGUAUACACAAAUCAAUAGUGGGAUGCGUUCCUAGCAUAGUCUGUGUGUAAUGAAUAGUUGUAAUUUUUUUUUCUCAAUAUUUUUGUUUAUUCAUUCAUAUUCUUGUAUUAGAAGCUUAUAUAUCUUGUUACAAGUUCUCCCGUCCUUCAUUAGUCUUAAAUUUGUGUAUUAA